CGCUCCGCCCCCAGCGCGUCUGUCCGUUACCCAGAGCAACAGUGUCCCUCUCCCGCCGGCGGGACUUGGGUACUCCGGGGUCUUUCGCCCCGCUGGCCCCACAGGAGGGUGUGAGCGGCUGCGGCCGCCUCCCCGCCUCCGGGGCAAGACCCCAGACCAUUCCACGGGCGGCAGAGCGCGAGAACCUGCCCACUUUGAAAGGAAGCUGCCCUGAGGCGGGGAAGCAAACGGGACAGUCUAUUCCUGAAUGUAAUUGGAAGAUAUUUCACCUGAAUUACUGAAUUGCUUUUCUUUAAAAAAGAAUCAAUAUUAAUAAUUACAUCAAUCCACUAUUCAAACUACUGGAGGAAGAUGUUAAAAACUUUAAGCACCCAUCACAGUAAUGGAUGUCUAUCAGGAAAAUGACACUAAGUCAGAAAAUAGUGAAAAUAAUGAAAUUCAAAGCACAGAAGAAACUGAAGUAAGCCAUACUUGUUCAGAUGAAAGAGAAGAAAAGAAUCAUGUUUGUUGUCUUCUUAGUAUCAGUGACAUUACACUGGAACAAGAUGAAAAAGCCAAUGAGUUUAUUAUCGGGACUGGAUGGGAAGAAGCAGUCCGAGGCUGGGGAAGGACUUCUCCAACCGCCUGCAUCUGGCCCAGAAAGAAGCUUAAAAAGGCCAGGGUGGGAGAAGGCAUGGACAACUGCUUACUCUGUGUCAGCCUCUCCCAAGGGAGCUCCGAGGCCAGGCCUCCAACGCCAGGGAAGCUGGAGUCUGGGGCUCUGGUUCAAGGGGGCCUCGAGAAGGAUAGGGGUGCUCUCUCCCAGACACAGGGGCAUCCCCCAGGCCCCACCACUGCUUCCAAGGAGAUUAGAAAGAUCUGCUUUUCCACCUACAGUCAGGCAGAGAAAAAGAGUCUGCAAAUAAAGGAGUUUAUUUGGUGCAUGGAAGACUGGGUUGCCCCUGAGACUGUUAAAGGAAAGGACCUCAGAAAUCCCAGCAGAGGGCUCUACAGAGGGGCCUCCCUCUCUGACUCCUUGACCUCCAAAACUCUUUUAGUUCUGCCUCCCUUGAAGACUGCACCUGCAGACAGCAUGGAUGUUCCAGGUAAGAAGAGUACAAAUUUUUUCUUACAGUCAGAAGAGAAGGUGCUGAGUGUGGAAAAGGAUGAGUGUAUGACCUGUGCUUUUGGAGUGAAAACAGUUGAUGGGAAAGGUGAAAAGAGACCAUUUGAACUGGCCAGGCACCUGAAGGUCAACAAAACGCUGCCUUUCCCUCCCCCAGAGCCCCGGACAUCCCUGCUGGCUGAGCCUCAGCCCUGCUGCCUGCCCUGGCCCCUCCUGCCUGAGAAAAACGCCAUGUGCACUCCCGACCCCAAGAACCUUCACUUUCUCACCACCUUACAGCUUUUGCAGAAACAUGGAGUACAAAACUAUAAGGCCAAGUUCAAAGCCAGGGAGCCAAGACCUCCUGUGAAUACCCCAAAGCGCAUUCUCACCGAGGCCAAGCAGGAAAACAGCUCCAAAACUUUGGACCCCAAAUUGUUCCCCAAAUCUCUCUUGCCGUCCCUCACAGUGAGCAGAGUUAUUAUUCCUAUCUCCACGCACAGGUUCCUCUGAGUUGCCACAAUAUAAAUCCCUGGGAAUAAGCACCGUCUGAAGUUCUUUCAGCCCUCUUCUCCUCCCUAUUCCCAUCUCCUCCUCUUGUUCCGUCUUCUCUCCCUCCCCUUGUCCUUUUUUUUAGUAGAAAACAGAGGAAAUUUAGCCAGUUGAACCUCACUAUAGAAGUUUUUGCUUAGUCUCCUGUUUCAACAUACAUGUUACCUGCUUCUGUUGCACCACCAUUUACAAAAUGCUGCUCUCUGCAGCUGCCUGCAUUGCCUGUCCACUCCCACUGGAGGCCAGGUGGAUGGCCAAGCCCCAGAGUCUCUUUCUGUGAUGCCCCCAUGCCAGCCUUUAGUGAAUGGCACGGCUCUCUCUGCCCUAGCGCCUUAAGCCAAGUGGGCUGGCUUGUUUAGGCCAAGUUGUUUCCUGGUGUUUUUUGUUUUUUUUUUUUUUGGUUUAAUUUUGACCCAGGCAGAUAAGUCAAUUGGCUCAUUUUCUCUUGCAAUAAAGAUCAGAGACAUUGCUUUUAUAACUCCAGCCUACCUCCAAAUGCUUCCUUGUGUCCAAGGACUAUCCAUGGAUAUAUCAUAACCAUUGAACUCUUGUGUGCAAGUGUCAUAUGUAUAUCCAGGGAUGUACCAGAUCCACAUAUCCUCUGGGUCCAGUGACAUAUGGAUAGAACAUAUCCACAUUUUGGAUCCAAGGUGACACAUCCUUAUGUUUUAUCCAUUGAUACCAUUAUAUGUGCCCAAGAUUUCAUUGUGCUCAUGCUAGUCUCUGUGCCUGAGAAGUUUUAACCACAACUUUACAAAAUCCAUCUUGGGGGAGCAGGUUACGAAAUUAACCUACUUUAAAUAAUAAAAACAUCCCCUUAGAAAUACAGAAGGAAACUUGUGUCUCAGGAAGCAAUUGAAUUUAACCAAUAUGGAGGUCCAGAAUAAUCACAAUGUGACUGCUGUUUGUCAUCAGACAAAAGAACAGUCAUUAUAAUAAAGGACUCCCAAAAUGACAAUCGAGAAGUUGUGCAUUAAGCAACUUUAAUAAAUAGUCUGUAAAAAAAUAUAUAGAAAAUUUAGUGGACACUUAUAUCUCCCAAUUUAUGUAUCUUCGUCAGCUUCUCCACAGGCUUACCUAAUUGUUCAUAUACUACAUCUUACUGAAGUAUACAUUUUAAGCUGUUAGGCUAUUAAUUUACUCUUGCUUAUCAAGUAUUACCAGUGUUUAACUGUGAAAAACACACAACAUCCAGAAAACUGUCGUAGGCUUCUCAUAAUUUCAUUUA